GCACCUUCAUUGGUUGAAACCAAACUGCUGUAUUCAACCAGCCUGUUUCCUGCAGGCACAUACUUUGUCAAAGAGGAAAUGACAUCACAGCACCAAGACCUGCCACAAAAACACUGAAAACAGAUGAGGACUAAACGUCUUUCAGAUGUCUUUUGACUCAGAGAAGCACACAGUUCAGCCUUUGUUACACAAAACCUAUGAGGCAAGACAAUCCGGCCUUAAAACAACAGCUUUUGGUGCGGCACUGUGAAGUAUGUCUGCUGGACACAAAGAGGCUCAGGGAGACAGUACAUGUAAAAGUGGAACUGCUGUUUUUUUCUCCAACUCCUUGAUGAGUGACUUUGAAUCAGACUGGUCCCCAAUUCACGAUGCUGCCUUUAAUGGACGUGUCCUUGCUCUGCAGAGACUCAUUACUCAGGGUACAAGUGUGAAUCUGAACACCCUGGACCAGGUUUCUCCCCUCCAUGGAGCAUGUUUACAAGGCCAUGUGGCCUGUGCCAAGCUUUUGGUGGAAAAUGGAGCAAUUGUUAACAGCUCAACAGUGGAUGGACAGACUCCCUUGUCAGAAGCUUGUUCACGGGGCCACAUGACCUGCGUGUCGCUGCUCCUUCAACAUGGAGCGACGCCCGUGGGGACCAGCCAGACCAGCUCUCCAAUCCACAGGGCUGCAGCCAAAGGUCAUCCAGAGUGCAUCGAGUCUCUUGUUCAGCACGGUGCCGAUGUGGAUCAGUAUAUCGACCAAUCAGGGUUCCCUCUGCACGUUGCCUGCUCCAAUCAACAUCUGAGUACUGUGAGGAAAAUGCUUCAACUCGGUGCCAGUGUGAACAGCAGUGCGUCUGGUGACUCGCCGCUGCACAUCGCUGCCCGUCUGUCCAGUCCUGAGAUGGUGUCAGUCCUGCUUGACCAUGGGGCCGAUCGAUCCCUGAGGAACUCGGAGGGCAAACAGCCGCUGGACCUUGCACCUCCCAACAGCCUGGUGGAGAGGCUGUUGAGACAAGCAGGAGGAGCAUCUCCUCUAAUGCAGCUGUGCCGGCUGUGCAUCAGGACAACUAUGGGCAAGCAGAGACUGGGUGGCAUUCACGACCUCAACCUUCCCACAGAAGUGAAAAAGUAUCUUCUCUACCAAUCAGACCUGGGGGGGAGAUCUACGACCUAAUCUAAUGCACUGAAGAACUCUGAGCAUUUAACUUGUUUGUCAGUAGGGGGUGUAGUUGCAUAAUAAAACUUGAUUCUCAAGAUCAGUCUGGACUGUAGUGUGAAAGCUUGGAGCAAGUUUUUACAAUAAAUAUUCAU